AUGAGUCUGGGAGGUGGUAUUAUGGGGAAGGCAAAGAGUAUGUUUGGAAUGGCACCGGAAUAUUCAGAAAUGGAUCUACCCUUGACUGAAGCAGGGGCGAGGAAUCGAGCGGAUGAUACACAUGAACCUGAAACGCCUGCACAACCUGGAAACAAGCUGGGGAAUUUCAAAUUUGGAUUUGGUAGAGGGAAGCCAGAUCCUUCAACUCUUGGUCCCCGAAUAAUACAUCUCAACAAUCCUCCCGCCAACAGCGCAAACAAAUAUGUUGACAAUCACAUAUCUACAGCGAAGUACAACGUUGCCACCUUCCUACCGAAAUUUUUGUUCGAACAGUUUUCUAAAUUUGCCAAUCUAUUCUUCUUGUUUACUGCAGCAUUGCAGCAGAUCCCUGAUAUUUCACCAACCAACCAAUACACCACAAUUGGACCUUUAAUCUUGGUCCUCCUAGUUUCUGCUGGUAAAGAAUUAGUUGAGGACUAUAGGAGAAAAACAUCUGACACUUCUCUAAACAAUUCAAAAGCUCGUGUAUUGCGUGGGUCUUCAUUCACGGACACUAAAUGGAUCAAUAUUGCUGUCGGCGACAUCGUUCGAGUGGAAUCUGAAGAGUCAUUUCCUGCUGAUAUCAUCUUACUGGCUAGUUCGGAACCUGAGGGACUAUGCUACAUCGAAACUGCCAAUCUAGACGGUGAGACUAACCUCAAAAUUAAGCAGGCGAUUCCGGAAACAUGUGUUAUGGUCAGUUCCAGUGAACUCAGUAGAUUAGGCGGAAAGUUACGAUCGGAACAACCGAAUAGCAGUCUGUAUACCUAUGAAGGUACCCUUACCAUGGCGGCUGGCGGUGGAGAGAAAGAGCUUUCUUUGCAACCAGAUCAACUUCUGCUCAGAGGUGCGACUUUACGUAACACACCCUGGGUUCAUGGAGUUGUUGUAUUUACUGGUCAUGAAACCAAGCUCAUGCGGAAUGCGACGGCAACACCAAUUAAGAGAACCGCCGUGGAGCGACAACUCAAUAUACUGGUUCUCAUGCUUGUAGCUAUCUUGAUCGCCUUGAGUGUCAUAAGUUCAAUGGGUGAUGUUGUUGUUAGAUCAAUCAAGGGAGUUGAAUUAAGCUACCUAGGGUAUUCUCCUUCGAUCACUGCGUCGAAAAAGGUCUCGCAAUUCUUCUCUGAUAUAGCCACAUAUUGGGUUCUUUAUUCUGCCCUGGUUCCCAUUUCUCUUUUCGUCACUGUCGAGAUGGUCAAAUACUGGCAUGCGAUUCUUAUCAAUGAUGACCUCGACAUGUACCAUGACAAGACGGAUACUCCAGCUGUCUGUCGAACAUCGAGCUUAGUUGAGGAGCUUGGUAUGGUGGAAUACAUUUUCUCGGACAAGACAGGAACAUUAACAUGCAAUCAAAUGGAAUUCAAGCAAUGCUCUAUUGGCGGGAUACAAUACGCAGAGGAUGUUCCAGAAGAUCGUCGAGCCACAAAUAUCGACGGACAGGAGGUCGGGAUUCAUGAUUUUCAUCGACUUAAAGAGAACCUCAAAACACACGAGACUGCUCUGGCGAUCCAUCACUUCCUUGCCCUUUUAGCUACCUGUCAUACGGUUAUUCCAGAACGAUCUGACGAGAAGGGUGGCGCUAUCAAAUACCAGGCAGCAUCUCCUGAUGAGGGUGCUCUGGUUGAAGGCGCUGUUUUGAUGGGUUACCAAUUCACCGCACGUAGGCCAAGAUCUGUACAGAUAACGGUAGCUGGCGAGGUCUACGAAUAUGAGCUUCUUGCAGUUUGCGAAUUCAACUCAACGAGGAAGAGGAUGUCGGCAAUUUUCCGAUGCCCAGAUGGGCAACUCAGAUGCUACUGUAAAGGAGCCGAUACUGUUAUCUUGGAACGGCUUGGUCCAGACAAUCCACAUGUUGAAGCCACACUUCAACACUUGGAAGAAUAUGCAUCGGAGGGUCUAAGAACACUUUGUCUGGCCAUGCGAGAAAUUCCCGAACAGGAGUUUCAAGAGUGGUGGGCAGUCUUUGAUAAAGCCCAGACUACCGUCAGCGGUAAUCGUGCCGAUGAAUUGGACAAAGCUGCUGAAAUUCUCGAGCGGGAUUUUACGCUUCUGGGAGCAACGGCAAUUGAAGAUCGUUUACAAGAUGGUGUCCCUGAAACGAUCCAUACUCUUCAAGAGGCCGGCAUCAAGGUCUGGGUUUUGACUGGUGAUCGUCAAGAAACUGCUAUCAAUAUCGGGAUGAGCUGUAAAUUAAUCAGUGAGGAUAUGACCCUUCUCAUCGUCAACGAGGAAACAGCCAUGGAUACUAGAAACAACAUACAAAAGAAACUCGAUGCCAUAAGAACUCAGGGCGAUGGUACUAUUGCUAUGGAAACUCUUGCAUUGGUCAUUGAUGGGAAGUCUUUGACUUAUGCUCUUGAAAAGGAUUUGGAGAAAGAUUUUCUUGACCUUGCUGUUAUGUGUAAAGCUGUUAUAUGCUGUCGUGUGUCUCCACUUCAAAAGGCUUUGGUCGUCAAGCUCGUUAAGCGCAAUAAAAAAGCUAUCCUCUUGGCUAUUGGUGAUGGAGCGAACGAUGUCUCAAUGAUUCAAGCAGCCCAUAUUGGUGUGGGUAUCAGUGGUAUGGAAGGUCUACAAGCCGCUAGAAGUGCCGAUGUUGCGAUUGGACAAUUCAGAUAUCUGCGUAAACUUCUCCUGGUUCAUGGCGCAUGGAGUUACCAACGUGUCAGCAAAGUCAUUCUCUAUUCUUUCUACAAAAAUAUCACGCUUUACAUGACACAAUUCUGGGGCGAUGGCAAAACAGCUGGCCAUUGGGUAUGGGGAACAGCACUAUAUACCGCCGUCUUGGCGACCGUUCUCGGAAAGGCAGCUUUAGUGGUAAAUGUCUGGACAAAGUAUCACGUUAUAGCCAUACCUGGUAGUAUGAUCAUCUGGAUCAUUUUCAUCGCUGUGUAUGCUACCGUGGCGCCUAAGCUCGGAUUUUCCAUGGAAUAUGAAGGCGUUGUUCCUCGAUUAUUUGGAAGUCCGGUCUUUUGGAUUCAAGGAUUGGUAUUGCCUAUACUUUGCUUAUUAAGAGACUUUUCAUGGAAAUAUGCUAAACGCAUGUAUUAUCCACAAUCCUAUCACCAUAUCCAAGAGAUUCAGAAAUACAACAUUCAAGAUUAUAGACCAAGAAUGGAGCAGUUCCAGAAAGCCAUCCGCAAAGUCCGACAAGUUCAACGUAUGCGCAAACAGCGUGGUUAUGCCUUCUCUCAAGCGGACGAGUCACAGACCAGAGUGCUGCAAGCAUAUGAUACGACGAUGGAGAGAGGAAGAAAAAAAGAGGAAAUAUGGAGUUUAGUUUUUGUUUGGACGGGUGGUUUGAAGGAAGGUUAUAAAUCUUCAAGUGGAGUGAGUAUUUUAUGGAUUUAG